CUCGAAGAGACCACUUGAGCAAGCCUUAGGGCUGCCACACUUUAUUCAAACUUACAUUGACUCGAAACAGAUUUGUGUUUAGAUCUUUAUAGCUUAGACCAGCAAGCUUUAGGGUUGCCACACUGUCAAAAUAACACGCUAUUUACAACUUUGACAAGCGAUUGGAGUUAUUUAACCUGUUGUCAACUAAAACUAGCUGGUAUUAGCAUUAUGCCUAGAUCUUUAUAGCUCGAAGAGACCAUUUGAGCAAUCUUUAGGGUUGCCACACUGUGAAAAUAAACACCCUUUUAUCUAUUCCACACUUAGCCGACGGCAUGACCUACUCCUUUGGCAUAUUCUACAAUGAGUUUCUCACGUACUUCAAUGAGGGCAAAGGCUAUACCGCCUGGAUAGCAUCCAUAAUGGUGGGCGUUACCUUUUCAUCCGGUAAGUGGGCAACGUGCCUGUAUGUUCCGAUCCGAAACAGAGCUAAUCCAUAAGCUAUUGACUGCAUCCGAACCAGGUCCCAUCAGCUCUUCGUUUGUGAAUCGCUAUGGCUGUCGACCGGUGACCAUUGCGGGCGCCAUUCUGGCGGCCGGCUGCAUAAUUGGCAGCAUGUUUGCCCAGAAUGUGGCCACGCUGAUAGUGACCAUUGGCUUCGGCACUGGCUUGGGCUUCGGGCUCAUCUAUUUGCCGGCCAUUGUCAGCGUCACGCAAUACUUCGAGGCGCGCCGCUCCCUGGCCACGGGCAUUGCCGUAUGCGGCUCCGGUUUUGGCACCUUUGUCUUUGCCCCGCUGACGGAGCUGCUGAUCAAGAGCUAUGGCUGGCGCGGCGCAAUGCUCAUCAUUGGCGGCGUGGUGCUCAAUUGCAUUAUAUUCGGCGCCAUGUUCCGGCCACUGGAGGCGCCGCGCCCCAAAGUGACCAAGCGUACAAAGAAAUCGACGAUCAUGGAUCAAAAUGUAACGCCCGCCGAACUGGAGCCGCUCAAGGCUCAAGUCGCCGGAGCGAAGCCAACGGCAACGGAUCAGUAUCUGCAGCUGCCGCCGCGACCAGAUUCCGCCUCCGGCGGCGUCGGCGGCGGCGGGCUUUGUCGCUCCAACAGCGUUGGCCAUAAUCUCAAGCCCAGUUUGGUAAGUGCCUACCCACGCCCCGUCCCGUCCCGUGCCGCCCGCACACUAACCACGUUCGCCGUCCAAGCAGAACAACAACUCGAAUGGACUGCUCAACGGGCAGGCCAACCAGAUCAAUGGCCCGACGGUGGUGAAGAGCACCAGCAACGAUGACUUUGGCCGGACAUUUGCCAGCCAGCCGCAGCUGAUGCCGCUGCGCGAGACGCACCGGGAGCGCAGCGCCAGCGGCACCAUGUACCGCCCGGAUGCACUCUAUCAGGUAGGUGGACGCCACGAUCACGAUCCGACACUGAUCGUAUACUGAAUUGUAGGGCUCGCUGCACAAUAUACCGGAGUACGCCAGCUCACGGAAUGAUCUCUCGCAUUCGCGUUCCGGUUCCGGCAUCAUCAGGCGCUAUGGCUCCCUCAGACAGACGCAUCCGCUGGCCCAGAGUCAGGUAAGCCAAGCACACACACGCCAGCUGGUAUUUGACUUUAUUCAAUCACGGCAACCCGGACCACUUGGGCUGCGCCUGGCGCUGGCGCUGCGUCCUCUGGCGUGCCUGAUACUCGUCGCCGAGCAGCGCCACGUAGAGCACGACCAGCAGCGCCAGCAGGCAGCGUAUCAGAAAGAACAGAAACCGCAUCGGGGUCAAGGGAACUCGCCUCCAUGUGCUGGGUAGGCCCAGUGCCAGCCGCAAUCUCUGCACCAGACGUUGGCGUAGCGUCUGCUUGCAGGGAUCGGCUCCGCCGGGCUGUGUAUUGGCGGCAGCUUCGCUCAUUGGACUCUGGUCGAUUUAGUUUUUGGUUUUUUGACACUUGAAUUUUAUAUGGAAAACUUGUUGUGUACAGCUACGAAACAUUUUAAUUGAUUAGCUUAGCCAAAGGCUACUUAGGGGCUAGCGACAAAAAAAAAAAAAAAAAACCCCGCUACUUCGGUGCACCGAAGUUGAAAUAUUCCUGGAACCUGGACUCUGGCAGAUGAAAACUGCAUUUUCAUCUAUUUCAACUGAAAAUCCUUGGUUUGACCCUUUGCCAAACUUUUGUUUAUCCAAUACACGCAAUCAAUCUACAAUUUUCCCGAGAUACAUCUAUGCUCAAGCCCAGCUCAAGACUCAAGUUUUAUGCUACAUGAAAAUACCGCUAGAUUUUCUUUUUAGUAUAUCCCAAAUAUACCGACUUAGCUUUUGCAACUGAAGAGCCAAUUAUAUCUAGUAUUUAUCAGGCAUAUAUAUAUAUAUAUAUAUAUAUAGAGCUCUAUCAUAAAAAAGGUUUCAAGUUUUUACACUUUUCGAAUGGGUCCUAGAUAUUAACAAACCUACAAAACUCUAGAGUGCGUAAUAUAAUAGCUUAUAUAUAACUUUAAAGCUUUCAGAUGUUUUACAAGCUGUUGGCUUUAGGAUUUCCAAUUUCAAGACAGAUUUAAAUGAACAGCUAAAAAUUGAUUUGGAAUAUAAUCAAUGAACCUUCGACAUUCUUUAAACUUAAGAGUUGUUUAUAUGUUACAUGCUAGACUCAUCCGCAACUUUUAAGCUGCAUUUAAAUACCAGAAAAACAAAAGCAUUCCGAAUUUUCGAAAUAUUCAAACCUGGUCACAUAAUGUGAAUUGCAUUUGACAGGCUGUCAGCUGGCGCGCUAAGCAGCUGCCGAAGUAGAAAUAGGGCUUGGAGUUUUCGGAAAUGACAAACUUGAAGGAUCAAAUAGCAGAGUUUAAAAUAAAGACCGCUUUACAGGAAUUGGAAUACAUUGAAGCUCUGGGACUUGGCAUGGAUGGCAAUGCCAUGGCCGAUGAGGUCUGGGAUGAUCUGCUGGAGAGCAUUUUGGCCAUCUACAAUUGCGGCCAACAAGAUGUCGAAGACGUCUCCGACUCCGAUGAUUAGCCAUAAAAACAAACAAAAAAACCAAGUGUGGCCGCAUAUUUUGUGCAACAAAAAAGAAAACGUACCAAUUUGUAGUAAACAUCUGGCAACGCCAGAUCCAUCCAACUGCAUUUUGUGUUUGGCUUGAGCUAAACUCUACUUAGUCGAGCCAUAACAAUUAAAUGCCAAGUAGUCAGUUUCCAGGAAUAUAUAAUGCUCUAGUCUAAGAAAAAAAAAAAAAACAAAAAAA